AUGGUUACCACUCAAUCCGAACUUCUUAAGCACGAUAUUUACUUGAUUGACAAGAUAGAAAACUUUGAUAGGGAUAAUCUUCGCAACUUACCCUGCAUUUGCUUUUUUAAGCCGUCCGAUCUUAUUCUAUCAGACCUCUGCUCUGAAAUAUCGUCUCCUAAAUACAAAAGCUAUCAGGUAUACUUUAACAACAUAGUUUCCAAGUCUCGCCUGGAAAGAUUGGCCGAAUCUGAUGAUUUGGAGGUGAUUACCAAUGUGGCUGAGGUGUUUCAAGAUUACUACACGGUAAACCGAGCUCUAUUCACAUCUGUCAACAUAUCUAAUCCCCUUGGUGGAAUUGACACAUGGGAUCCCGAGUCACUUGAUACUGCUCUAGAUUCAAUCAUAUCUUUGCUUCUUUCUCUCAAAAUUAAACCGGUCAUUAGAUUCGAGUCAAACUCCAAGAUGGCAUCGAAAUUGGCUUCUUCUGUCAACUAUGAGAUCGACAACAAUUCGUCUAAAUUAUUCGAUGAUGCAACUAAGAAGGAUGUUCAGCCGUUAUUACUUAUAAUGGACAGAAAAAAUGAUCCAGUGACUCCAUUGUUGUUUCCAUGGACCUAUCAAUCGAUGAUCCAUGAAGUAUUUGGCAUUAAAAACAAUACGGUGGAUCUUUCACAGCUUCCGAAUGUUGGUAAAGAGUUGAAAACUGUAGUGCUUAAUGAGAGUCAGGAUCAAUUUUACAGAGAAUCCAUGUAUCUUAACUUUGGUGAGUUGUCUGAAAGUUUGAAAAAGUUCAUUGAUAAGUAUAGAGAGAAGACCAAAACUAACUCGAGCAUCAAUUCCAUCAAGGAUAUGAAAUACUUCCUUGAAAAUUAUCCUGAGUUCAAAAAGACCUCCUUAAACGUUUCCAAGCACAUGCUUCUCUCCUCAGAGAUUGACAAACGUAUUAACGAAUGGAGGAUGUGGGAAGUUAGUGAGUUUCAGCAGACGAUGGUGUCGAACUCCGAUACUAGUCAUCAUCAAAGUGAGCUUGAUCAACUUGAACAGUUGUUGUUUGACCACAAAGAUAAUGGUCAAGGUGUCCCAUUAGCUCCGCUCUCCAACGAAACUAAGACAAAGCUUCUGUCGCUAUAUGCCCUUAAGUACGAAACUUACAGCGGCAAGCAGACUACAAAAUUACUAAGGUUGUUGAAGAAAAGUCACUUUCCUGAGGAGUACUGCCACUUUGUUCAGACUUUACUCAAAUAUGCUGGUGCUUCUGAACGGUUGUUUGAUGACGAUGAUUCCAUUUUUGAGCGUGUUGCCAAUUCAUCAAGUACUCUUAUCAAUGGUUUGACGUUCGGAAGUCAUGGUGAUACUAGCAAUGUGUAUAUGCAACAUGUGCCUAGACUUCAAAGUAUCCUCAUGAAAGUUGCCAAAUGCAAGUUGAACCUGAAUCAUUACCCCUACAUUGGCAAGCCACAGCCGGAAAUCACUGGUUCCGGAAGCAAAGUUCCACCCCAAGAAAUCAUCAUCUACAUUGUUGGGGGUGUCACCUAUGAAGAAGCCCGGUUGGUUGCAGAGUUAAAUAAGUCGAAUAGCGGACUGAGGUGUGUUAUUGGUGGAACACAUAUUUUGAGCACAGACGGAUUUGUGGAGAAUUUGGUAGAUAUAGGUGAUAGUAGUAGAUAA